AUGGCUUCUGUUGAUAUCCAGUCUAUUCUUUCUUCCCUCACACUUGAGGAGAAGAUCUCACUCCUCGCCGGAAAGGACCUAUGGGAGACUGUCCCUAUCCCUUCCAAAGAUGUUCCCAAAGUCAAGGUCUCAGACGGUCCCAAUGGUGCUCGCGGAGCUGCCUUUGCUGGCGGUACCAAAGCUGCCUGCUUCCCUGCUGCUUGUCUAAUGGCAUCGACCUUUGAUGUCAAACUGGCCCAGAAAAUUGGUGCUGCUCUUGCUGAGGAGACCCAAUCUAAGGGUGCUCGAUGUCUUCUGGCUCCCACCAUGUGUCUCCACCGACACCCUUUAGGUGGCCGCAACUUCGAGUCUUUCUCCGAAGAUCCUCUCCUCACUGGCAAGAUGGCUGCUAGAGUGGUCGAGGGUCUGCAAGAUAAGGGUGUGUCAGCCACUAUCAAGCACUUUGCUGCCAACGAGCAGGAGACAGAACGUUUGACAGUCGACGAGACCAUUAGCGAGAGGGCACUACGAGAGCUCUACCUCCGACCCUUUGAGAUUGCCAUCAAGGAGGCCAAUCCUUGGGCCGUCAUGACUUCUUAUAACAAGGUGAACGGUCACCAUGCCGAUUCCAACGAAUUCUUACUGAAGAAGGUUCUUCGUGGCGACUGGAAAUGGGAUGGUCUUGUUAUGAGCGAUUGGGGCGGUGUCAACUCCACUGCUGAAUCCCUCGAGGCUGGUCUAGAUCUCGAGAUGCCUGGCCCUACCCGAUGGAGGAAGACCGAGGAUGUCCUUGCCGCCAUCAAGGCUGGCAAGACUUCCGAGGAGACUAUCAAUGAGCGAGCUACUCAUGUGCUUAAGUUCCUGGAGCGUCUCAACUGCUUCAAGGACCCCCAUAUCCCUGACGAGAGAGCUAUCAACAACCCAAAGCAUCAGGCUCUGAUCAGAGAGGCUGGUUCCAAGGGUAUUGUUCUUUUGAAGAAUCAGGACAAUGUCCUUCCUCUGUCCAAGGACAAGGUCAAGGGCAAGAAGAUUGCUCUUCUCGGUCACGCCAAGAUUGGACUCGCUCAUGGUGGUGGCAGUGCGUCUGUCAACGCCCACUACAAGGUCACCCCUUGGGAUGCUUUACACGAGGCCCUCGGCGACACCGCUGAGUUCUCUUAUGCUAAAGGUGCCCACACAUUCCGCAUGCUUCCGCCCAUUGCUGAGAAUGUCGUCGAUCUUGAUGGCAACCCCGGUUUCACUUUUAAACUGUUCGAGCCCGGCAAUUCCAAGCCUAUUGAGGUCCGACCUGGUCACGAAAACUCCGAGGUAUCCGUACUCAGCGGCUUUGGCUUUAGCGACAAAGACGUCACCCUCGAGGGCACAUUUACUGCCCAGGAGACAGCCAAGUACUACUUUACCGUCUCCGGUCUUGGUCCCAGCAAGCUUGUCAUCGAUGACAAGGUUCUUUUUGAACAGAAAGGAAACUGCAGUGAUGCCAUGGGAUUCUUAUUCGGUGGUGUAAACCCUCCUGAGUUCAAGGUAUCGUUCGAAGCCGGACGCAAGUACAAGAUGGUCAUGUACACUUCACCUCCUGCUCCCAAGGCUGGAGAUGAUCUUGGUAUCCUUGAAGGACGAUGCGGACUUCGAGUUGGAUACAUGUCGGAGGCUGAGCACGACCGCGACCUGCUUUCCGAAGCUGUCGAUGUGGCCAAGGAUGCCGACUACGCUAUUGUCUUCACUGGUCACGAGCCCUUCUGGGAGACGGAGGGUCAAGACCAGGUCAGCUUCAACCUCCCUAAAGAUGGUAGCCAGGAUCGCCUGAUCGCCAAAGUGGCUGAGGUCAACCCUAACACCAUUGUGGUCAACUCCACUGGUGUUGCGAUCGCCAUGCCCUGGCUAAACAAGAUUCAGGGUCUGCUUCAAACUUGGUUCCCCGGCCAAGAGUGUGGCAACUCGAUCGCAGAUGUGCUUACGGGCGCUCAAACCCCUGAGGGUCAUCUUACCUGCACAUUCCCCAAGAAAAUCGAAGAAUGUCCAGCAUAUGGCAACUUCCCAGGCGAGCACGUCGACGGCAAGCUCAAAGUCUCAUACGGAGAGGGAGUCUUUGUCGGCUAUCGCUACUUCGACUGCUUCUCCGCCGACAAGGUUAACUUCCCCUUCGGAUUCGGCCUCUCAUACACCACAUUCGACUAUUCUGAUCUAAAGGUCAAGGAGUCUAAUGGCGACUACACUGCCAGUGUGAAGGUUUCCAACACCGGCAAGGUAGUCGGCGCCAUUGCUGUGCAGGUCUACGUAGGUGCCGCCAAGACCACCAAGGGCGAUCCUCUCAAGCAACUGGCUGCCUUCGAUAAGGUUACACUGAAGCCUGGUGAGAGCGUAACGGUUGAUGUGCCUGUGCGUGCCCGCGACUUUGCCUUCUUUGACGAGUCGUCGCAGAAGUGGGUGGUUAAGGGUGGAGAGUACAAGUUUAUGAUUGGAAGGUCUGCUGGUGAUAUUGCCUUGGAGUCAACGGUUACCGUGGAGGAGAAGUCAAUCGAUCUUUAA